GGUGUCUGUCCGUGCGACCCACAACGUGACAACGUUGUGAACCUUCGUUUACAGUUUACACUGUGCGAAAGUGUAUUUAAACGAAGUGGAUUAGCGUCGUUGAUGUGUUUGUAUCAUUAACAAGUUUUGUAUGGACGAAACAGAUGCUUCUCCGAUUAUUAAAACUAUUUUAAGACAUAAAUGUAGUAGAUUUUUUGCAAGAAUACAUUUAUUUUGCUAUUGAGCUUAUAGUGGAAUACGUUUGAAAGCUACAGUGACUGCAGAUACUGACUGAAAAUCUGCGCUGGUUACAAAAGUCAAGAAAUAUGGACCAGACAGCAUAUGUCAGUGGUACUACAUAUUGUGCCCAUAUGGGAACAUCAUAGGAAUUGUACCAGCUCAAAUUAUUUAUGAAGGUUCAUUUCAUGACUCCUCAUAUUGUCAGUUGACAGGUCAUGAACAUGGUGAGGCCAUCAAAGGUAUCCCACCAGGUAGCACGUGCUGUACCUGGUUUGCAUCUGAUGUGUUCUGUAACAAACCAACAGUCUCAUUCAGUUUCUGCAAACCCUGUGACAUCAGCCAAAGAUAAUAAGAGAAAUAACAUUGCAUGUUCUACUGAUCCUCUUUAUGGAACUAUUCUCAACAGCAGCAGUUCUGUUAACAGCGCCAUAGGAGACAGUGAUGUUGAACUUCCAUUAAUUAUGGCUAAUUUGAAGUUACGUGAUGUUGGAAGUGAAGUACCAGAUGCUGUAAUCGUGGAAAAUAUGGACUCUCAAAGAAGGAUCACCAGAAGCUGUUCAAAGCCAACUGAUUUUGCUACACAGAACAGACGAUGCAGUUUGAAACCAGCCAAAAUGGAUGUGGCAGAUAUUGAGAGUUAUUAUUUGAAUAAGAAAUUUCAGAAACCACUUGCGAGACACCUGGAAACUAUAUAUGAGGAGCCAGUAAUUAGAAAAAAUGGUUCAUGUUGCAUUCUUGGGCCUAAGAAACCAAGAAAAAUAAUAUUUACAGGGAUAUCUAAAGCCAAAGAAAAGAAGAGGAAAGCAAAUAUUAAAAAACUGAGUAGAAACUUUGCGUCUAGAAGGGCCAGUUUCUCAGCAGAUGAUUUUUUAAUGCAUUUAACUGGCAUAAUGUUGGAAGAUGUGAGCAAGACUGACAUGUGACCUUGAAAUAUUAGUAGCUGAAAUGUAAACAGGAAUAAAGUUCAAAAUCAAUUUAAGGAUAGAUUGAGAAGAAGCAUGGACCUGUGCAUGUAUCUCACAAAAAUAUGAACAACACUUAUUUCCUGUAGCGCCAAAGUGCUACCAAAUUUGUCAUGUACCAAACUGUUUCAUCUAGUGUUCAGAAGAGUUCCCUGAAGAAAGUGAAUGGACAGACUGCUGUUUGUAACAACAGACUUCAGAGGCAGAAAUCAUAGACGUGUGAUGAUUCGUUUGAAAAAUCCUUGAAGAUGACGUCAACUGUAUCAGUGUCAGAAAUCAAUUUGUUAAGUGGCUUAAUGUUAAAAACUUCUUGUGUGGUCUAGUGUUUCAGACCACCAUAAAUUUGAACAUAUUAAAUUCUAGCUGAAUUUGCUGGGUAAAUGUCUGCUAGUAAUCCUAGUACUUGCGUAAUUGUAAUUACCAUAAUAAUGAGGAAUUUUUCAGAUGCCAUAAGCUGAAAUACAUUGAAAGUAACACCUAAAAUUAAAAUAUUGGUGUUGUAUAUUACUGUACAAAUCAACUGGUUCUUCAAAUAUGUAUACAUUCACUAUUUUCACCAAUUUGGGAUUUCUUUGUUGAAAAAAUUAUUCAUUUUUCUUACAGAUCAUCGCUGUGUGAAUUUUAUGUUUGAGUUCUUUAACAUAUGUUACAUAGGCACCAAUAACUUCUUUAAAAAUGGACAGUAAAUCAUAUGAAUCUAUGGUUUCCAAGCUAUUAGGCUGUUGUGUUAUAACAUGCUCGAUCAUUAUUCCCAAGUACUCUUGAGCAUAUUAAUAAAACUAUUGGUUUGAGAAACAGGAAAGCUGCUGUGGAUGUUUGAAUUAAGGGUAUACAAAUUGAUUCAACAUAUUUGUCCAUAAAUUAUGUAUUUCAGUGCUCAGUUUUGUGUAUGUAAGGUUCUGUGGUAUCCUUCACUCUUCUGUCUAAAAGCACAAAAUCAGUUUAGUGGUAGGAAAAGUUGAUAGGUAGAAGUGUAUUAAUGCAGAAAACAUUCCUUAUUGUACAGAAGUAUAAUGGAAUGAAGAAAUAAGUGUUGGGCUUAAGAAAUUAGUGUUACAGUUGUUAAGUUACUUAUGUUCUUUAAAUGAAGUGUUGGAGAGAUUUACAGUUGGUUGCCACUUGUGACUGUGUGCUUUUUCUUUGAUGAGAGCGCUGUUAGAUUUUGCGCAUGUCUCUCUGUAUCGCAGAAAACAUUCCAAGAACUAACUAUCCAUCCAGUUCUAACAGUUGCAGCCCCAUUGUCCCAUCAACAGAAAAUUAAUAAAAUGGUUUAAUUGUUAA